AUGGCAUACCUUGCCGACUCACCACCUCUCCCCUCUCUUUCAACUCUUUUCCCUUACAUACGCUCCGAUGCUGGUAGUCUACCACGCUCUGCAGACCCUUUCACGGUUACGACGAGUACCGGCUUCCUCCCUUGCCGCUCACCCUUGCUUCGUCUGCCAGCACAAUUCGAUGCGCUCACAGCCAUUCUUGACGACAUGCCAAUCGUCAAAGCAGAUAAGUCGCCUGGACUGCUCGCUACGUUCAAGCUCGGCCCUCUUAUCGACUCCGGUGCUUUGCGAGAUUUAACAUAUUGCGUUGAUGACUUGCGGACCGCUACUGGGGAGUUCGACCUCGAAGCCAUCACUGCCGUCUUCAGAGACUAUAGCUUUUUGGCCAGUGCGUAUCUGUUGGAGCCCUGUUGGGAGACGUGGUCGAAAGACCACGAAGAUGGCUAUGGCUUGGGUAGAGCUAUCCUGCCAAAGUGCAUAGCGUCGCCGCUAGUGAAAGCAGCGGACAUUCUCGAUAUUCCACCAUUCAUGUCCUACGCUGCAUCAUAUGCACUAUAUAACUACUCUCUAGUCAAUCCCAACCUCGGCGCAAGCGUUUACGAAAACCUCCGCCUCAUCCGCGCGUUUGAGCGCGGUCUUGAUCCGUCAAGCUCAGAAGCCGGCUUCAUCUUGACUCACAUCCACAUGGUUCAGGAAACAGGACCCUUGAUUUCAGGCGCGGUCGAACUGCUCUCCACCAUAGAAAACUCUCCCAACAAUGUAGCUUCCGCAAUCUCGGCGUUCCAAACUAUGCUCUCGGCCAUGACCCGCAUCGAAUCCCACAUGGAACAAAUGUGGACCCAUUCCUUACCCAAGGACUAUCUUUCUUACCGGACAUUUAUCUUUGGAAUCACGUCGCAAUCUAUGUUCCCCAACGGUGUGAUCUACCAAGGCACCCGCUACGGGGACUCCAAAUCGUUAUAUUUCCGAGGCGAAUCCGGCGCAAACGACAGCAUUAUUCCACUAUUGGAUCAUCUGAUGGAGAUACCCAUGCCGAGCAACCCACUCACGGAGAUUCUGAGGGACUUUAGAAGUUACCGACCAAAGACUCACAGGGAGUUUUUGGCGUGGGUUAUGAGCAAAAGUGCGGAGGUGGGUGUGAGGCAGUACUGUACUCACCGUACUUCAGCGCAGGAGAUGGAAGCUCGGGGUGAUGCUGACGUGGACGGAGCCAGCGCCUUGCUCUUGCCAACUCUCUACCUCAAAUUGCUCGGCCAUGUGCGCAGUUUUCGCUGGCGUCACUGGUUGUUUGCCAGGGAAUACAUUAUCAAGCGGUCCUCGCACCCCACAGCCACAGGAGGGUCUCCCAUCGUUACAUGGUUACCGAACCAGCUGUUUGCGGUCAUGGAUCUGAUGGAGGAUGUAUAUGGCGAGAGCGGGUUGAAGAAAGUUGUGGAACAAGGAAUGAGAGAAACGACGGAGAUAAGAGUGGUUCAGGAGAUGAUGGAGAAUGUGUCGAGCCAGAGGGACAAGCUGGACAAGGAGGUGAAGAAGUAUUGUGCGGAAAGGGGUGCUUGA